CUGUGUCAAAUCACAGCUGAUCACAUGUAAACUGGGAAAUGCCGGUUAUUGGCAUUUCUCUCCUCUCGAGCUGUCACGCUGACAGCUCGAGAGGAGAGGAGAGCUGCCCCAGCAGUGCCACCUGUCAGUGUCCAUCAGUGCCAGCUGUCAGUGCUCAUCCAUGCCACUUACCAGUGCCACAUAUCAGUGCCCAUCCGAGCUGCCUUUCAGUGCCACCUAUCAGUGCCAGUCAGUGCCGCCUAUAAGUGUGCAUCAGUGUCGCCUAUCAGUGCCCGUCAGUGCUGCCUAUCAGUGCCGCCUAUCAGUGCCAGUCAGUGCCGCCUAUCAGUGCCAUGUAUGAGUGCUGCUUUUCAGUGCCCAUCAGUGA